CCUCCAGACCAACGAACCCUAGCAGCAGCUGCACAGCAAGGAUUCCUUCUUCCUCCUGGUUUCAGCUACAAAGCGGGAUGCACUGCUGCCGCAGCAACGCCGGGCUUAGGCCCACUCCAACUGCAGCAGUUGUAUGCUGCCCAGCUUGCUGCGAUGCAAGUGUCUCCGGGAGGCAAGAUACCUGGCAUACCCCAGGGUAACCUUGGUGCUGCCGUAUCCCCUACCAGCAUCCACACAGACAAGAGCACAAACAGCCCUCCACCCAAAAGCAAGGAUGAAGUGGCCCAGCCUCUGAACCUUUCAGCCAAACCCAAGACAUCUGAUGGCAAGUCUCCGACAUCACCCACCUCUCCUCAUAUGCCAACUCUGAGAAUAAACAGUGGGACCAGUUCACUAAAGUCCUCCGUGCCAGCAACAUUAGCUAGUCCUGCGGCCAGAGCUAACGCAAUAGAUAUCCUUUCUUCUAUCACGUCGUCAGGUUAUUUAAAUGACCACGAUGCUGUUACCAAGGCAAUCCAGGAGGCCCGACAGAUGAAGGAGCAACUUCGGAGGGAACAACAGGUGCUGGAUGGGAAGGUGGCCGUUGUGAAUAGCCUGGGUCUCAAUAACUGCAGGACAGAAAAGGACAAAACAACACUGGAGACCCUGACUCAGCAACUGGCAGUAAAACAGAGUGAAGACGGGAAGUUUAGCCACGCAAUGAUGGAUUUCAACAUGAGUGGGGAUUCUGAUGGAAGUGCAGGAGUUUCCGAGUCUAGAAUUUAUCGGGAAUCCAGAGGACGUGGUAGCAAUGAGCCCCAUAUCAAGCGCCCAAUGAAUGCAUUCAUGGUGUGGGCUAAAGACGAACGGAGGAAGAUCCUUCAAGCCUUCCCUGACAUGCACAACUCCAAUAUCAGCAAGAUACUAGGAUCUCGCUGGAAAGCUAUGACAAACCUAGAGAAGCAGCCAUACUAUGAGGAGCAGGCCCGACUCAGCAAACAGCACCUGGAGAAAUACCCAGACUACAAAUACAAGCCAAGGCCGAAGCGUACCUGCCUUGUAGAUGGCAAAAAACUACGCAUUGGCGAGUACAAGGCUAUCAUGCGCAACAGACGUCAGGAGAUGAGGCAGUAUUUUAAUGUUGGGCAACAAGCACAGAUUCCCAUUGCCACCGCGGGCGUGGUUUACCCAGGAGCCAUUGCCAUGGCAGCCGUCAUCCAGAGCACUUACGGCAUCAAAGGCGAGGAGCCUCAUAUCAAGGAAGAGAUGCAGACCGAUGACGUCAAUGGAGAAAUCUACGAUGAAUACGAUGAGGAAGAGGACGACCCCGAUGCGGACUAUGGCAGUGACAGUGAAAAUCACAUUGCGGGGCAAGCCAACUGAUCAGGGUCCAAAUGUCUCGUGACCUACAGGACUUCAAGGAGAAAAGAAAAAAUUAAUAAAGCCCCAUCUGGUUUAUCCUUGCCAGUGGCCAAGCACAUUAACUUUCUCAUACACUGACUGUUACUUUAACUGUUAGUCUUAACUAGUUGGGACAUCAGCUGACUAAUAGACAUCAGCCUGCAUCAGAAGAAAAAAGGCUCAGAAGAAAGGAAACAAAGACAACGAUGACAACAACAACAGAAUGAUAUAAGCUAUGGGUAAAAUAAUGCCAGUAAUUCAGCUGCUAUACCCAAGCACUGAAGUCUUACCCGUCGACCUUUUAUUAUUAUUAUUUUUUUUUCAAAUAAACUUUAUGGCUGUUUGUU